UGACACGUGUCUGCCGGCUGCGGUUCCGGACGGCCUUGGACCGCUUCCGCUCCCCGACGAGAAGGACACGGAGGUCCGCUGCGUGCACGGUGGCAGCAUCAGCUCCGUGUACGUUCCUGAUCCCGGUGUGCGUGGUCUGUGCUUUGUCAACGUGACCUUCACCGCCGCGAUUGUGCUGGACCUGUCGUAUUUUGACGCGCCACAGCAUACACUGAACAUCACGCUGCUGCAGUGCGUCCUCGUGGGCCUGUCGAUCAGGGGGAGUGGUGCGCGUGUGCACGUGGACGUGACUUCUUCGAUGUUGGAUUCUGGUGAGUUGGUGUUUCAGGGUGAUUUUGGCGCGAGCUCCCAGAUAUUGGUGGUGGGCUGUACGCUUGUGACGACGUCGGGCCACGCCAUUUCCUUUGCGAAGUUUAUUUUUGGUGCGAAUAUGACGCUGCUGCUACUUGACAACUACAUUGAGGCGAGUAGGUACGCGGUCUAUUUCAUCAGUGUUGUUGUUGAUGGUGGCGGGAUCAUUGUGAAGGGAAAUACGCUGAGGACAACGGAGGACGAUGACGGUUUGGAAUCAUCUGUUUGCGUUAAUGUUAUUGAUUUGAAGAACGGCGGCUACUUUGACGUGGAGAACAACACGAUGAGCUCGGUCAAUGGCGUUAUUCUUUUUGGGAAUACUACCGUGAGCUCCGCGGGGCUGCUGCGAGUGGCAGACUGCACCUUUGUUGACGGGACGGAAAUUUUUGAUUCCGCGCUGGUGUAUUUGUCUGGCUCGGCGACCCUUGAGGGAGGUGCGCAGUGGCGUGUGGAGGGCAACAGCGUAGGUGCAGCCUCAGUAUUAACUAUUCCGUACCCCCAGUACAAGAUUAGGUUAUCGGGCAGCGGCACCACCGUGGCGCUUGCACACAACCGUCAGGUGGACAAUAGUUAUCCCUUCGCUGAUUUUUCUCCGCCAGACACGAUUGUUGAGUUACCCGCGCGGUUUGUCGUUGGGUGCAACCUGCAGGGCGAUGAGGAGGUGUCGUACGACGAUGUGUUUCCGGAGGAGGUGGAAGUCUUCAGGUGUGGCACAUGCAACGAAGAUGCGGCGUGCUACAUGCCCGGGACGGAGUUGGUGGACCGCAGCUUGUGCUCGUGCAGCUGCAAGGACGGAUGGCAUGGCGCGUCGUGUCUUCCCUUCGAGGUGCCCGACACGGUUGUGCCGCCCGUGGCGGAGAGAGCCGUUGACGGCGACACGAGCUGCAUGGUGAACCAGACGCUGACGAACGUUACGCUGAACAUGUGGAAGACGCACCACUGCUACGUGGGUGUGACAUUCAGCGGCGUGGGUGCUGUACCGAAGUUUUUCCUCAACAGUAUGCCGCUGCACCUCCCCAUCAACAUUACGCUCACUGGGUGCACAUUUCGUGAGGGUGCCGCGCUGCAGUUUUUUGGGGGUGCUGAGGCGGUUGAGUCAUCUGGCGUCCUGAUACGCGUGAGCCAGACGGUGAUGCGUUCCUCCACCGUUGCUUUUGUACGUGCCCUCCCGCAGCACUGCGACAUUGCCGUCACGGAGGUUGAUGCGGUGCAGUCCUCCGAGUCUGAACUGCCGGACACUAGGAUGAACACGUUGAGCUUCGUGAUGCUGAAGGACGUCGUGUUGAGUGCGUCCUCGCUGUUGAUCAGCAACGUCAAGGCGCAUGCGACGAAGCGUGAUGCGUUCGUUGUGUACUCGACAGGGACGCUGACGCUGGUGGGUGGCAGCUCGCUGUACGCGCGUUACUGCAGCUUUGAGGGAUACAAAUACCUGUUCUACGCGUACAGUCUCAGUGUCCGCAAUCACUCUGUUUUUACGCUUCUCAACAAUACGAUGUUCUCCGGGGUAAGCCUGCUGUAUCAGCGACAAGUAUUCAACGUGUCGGAUCACAGCGUGUUGCGCGUGGUGGGGAACAGCGGCUCAGCUCGCUACGCCAUCUAUAACAAUGGCAUGUGGACUGUUCAGCGGUCAAGCUGGCUGGAUUGGCGUGACAACAAAGUGGAGGUGGGUGCGAUGUUCUACGACACUGUGUCCGCUUUUGGGAGCGUUGACGGCAGCAGUGUGGUGACGCUGACGGGCUGCAAGAUGGGCUCGACGGGGUUGUCGGUGUCCCUGUUAUCUCGGGCUGACGCCGGCUACCGGUUUGUUGCUGGGUGUCUGACGGUCGCGGGACGUGUGGUGACGACGGCGGCUGAACUGGAGCUCCACGGCAUCACCAACGUGACGACGGUUACCGCGUGCGGGGAGUGCACGAAGGAGGGCGACUGCUUUGCUCCGCUGACGGCGGCGGUCAGCGACUGCAAUUGCCGGUGCGCUGCUGGAGGGCACGGCGAUGUGUGCGUCCCGGCGCCUGUGCCUGCUGGCCCGCCACCGCCCACGCCACUGCCACCAAUACCCACGCCGCCACCGCCGCCGAUUGGCGAGUGCAUCAGUGACAUGGUAUACCCCGAGGCUGCGCAGGCAGUGGGCGGCGGGCUGUCGUGGCUGUGCUACCGCAACGUGACGUUCAGCGGGGGCGGCAUGAGCCUGACGGUGCUGAUAGGGGCGAUGACGGGCGACGUGGCGAAUGUCAGGUUCGAUGGAUGCACGUGGAGGGACGGCGCCGUGCUGUUGCUGUUGGGCAACGCGCACGCCGCUGUGGGGUCGCUGAAUAUUGUCGUCACCGGCAACACAUUUAGUGAUGCGCUGCUCAGCCCGGAGGGUGUGUUUCCACCGCACACGAACAUCACGAUCAGCGGGAACCGUUUUGCGAUCACGAGGCUGUUCCAUUGGUUGGGUUUGGACCUUAGGAGGCCGUCGUGUGUUGUGAUGAAUGGGCUGGCGAUCAGCAACGACUCCGCGGUGGUGCUGGGUGGCAAUGUGUUUCAGAGCGUGACGGCAUCGUCAAGUGUCAUAAAAUUUGUUGGAUCUGCGCUGAGGGUGUCGUGGCACUCCGUGCUUGCGGUGGUGGGCAACACGUUUAAUAUGGCUGGCGGUGACAGUACGCUGAUUAAUCUUGAAGGGUCUGGCCAAUUUUCAUCGCUGAAGGUGCUGAACAACUCUGCCGUGGUGAUCCGAGGCAACUUUGUGGCGAGGCCGGUGAAGUACUUUUUAUUACUAAUUUUGAUAUUACGUGUGGAAUCCCGGUCAGCGGUUGUGUUUCAGGGCAACGACAUGCAGAGAAGCUCGGUUGUAUUUUUUUCAAGCUACUCUUCCUACAUCUACUACAACUCCUGGCUGCAGCUGAGCGGCAACCUCUGCCGUGAAUCCCCAUCGGCAGCCUUUCUCUUUCUGAACCCCACGGUGAAUCUCCGCGACUCCGCGGUGUCUGUGUCCGGCAACCGAUUCAUUUCCAGUACGUUCACGCCGACCGUUUUGCGGAUAUCCACGGUGUCUCGCGAUCUCACAAACGGAGCGAUUGUGGCGGCGUGCAACACUGUGAACGGCGAGGAGGCGUACUAUAGCAUCCCGUCUGUGUACAAUGCCACCAUCCUGACCUGCAGCGACCCAUGCGCCCUUGCGACGUCGUGCUUCCCCGCGUACACGACGACUGCCUCGAGUGAUGGCUGCGCCUGCGCAUGCGCUGAGGGUGGCCACGGCGAUGCGUGUUUGCCCGUUGCUGUCCCCGAGCCACCGAGCACCGACGGCGCCGACUUGUGCGUGCGGGACGUGCGUGUGGAUGGAGAGGUGAAUGCCGGUGUCGGGACGUCGGUGUUGUGCUACGUUGGUGUGACCUUUGCGGCGGACGUCGUGGUGGACGUGGAGUUGAUGUCAGGGAGCGUGCGCAACGUGACGCUGGCGAAAUGCACGUUUGUGGACGGAGCGAGCCUGUACGUUGUUGGGUGGCGAUUCGACCCGUCUGCUGGCGAGCGCGUCGAUGUGUUGGUCAACGGGCUUGAGUCGCGCUCCGGCGGCGGCGUGUUGGUGGCGAACCGAUUUCCGCCGGGCUCGCGCGUCACUGUGGUGGACUCGGUGCUGAUUGCAGAGAAGCGUGUUGCGUACCGCGGUACCUACGAGCUUGGCGAAGCGUCCGCGUGCCUUGUGUUGCACAACGUGAAUCUGACUGGGAGCGUGCUGACCAUUGCGCGCACGCAGGUGGCGGCUGUGUUCCGCGACGCUGUUGGCGUGUUGUUUGUUGGCGGCGUGGCGCUGUCGUCGCGCGGUGCACUGUACGUGGACGGGCUGUCGGUGCAGACGGCGCUGGGGCUGUGCGUGUCGGUGGAGGGCGGUGUUGCUGCCAGUGGCGGCUCCGUUGUGGCGUUUGUUGACAGCGACUUCUUUCUGUGCAAUCACGCAGUCUGCGUGGAUGGGUCUGUGAGCGUGUCGGGCUCCGCCGUGGCGCUUGUGCGGAGCGACUUUUUGACGACGGAGGACUACGCGGUGGCGUUUUAUUCGACGGUGAGCCUGGAUGGCGGGUCGAUGCUGCUGGCGAAGGGCAACGUGCACGACGGCGUCUCGAGGGAGAUGCUCUACGCCGCUGGCGCCGUGACCGCUGUUGGGAGCACGCUGAGCUUUGUGCGCAAUCGUGCGCUGCUGCCGCGGAUGCUGUCGGUAAGCCUUUCGCUUUCGGCUGGGGCGCAUUUGAGGGUGGCGUGCAACGACGCUGGUGGACGUGUCCUGUCGACGGCGGAGGAGUACGCAGCGGCUGGUUUUGGCGACGCUGGGAGCAUCGACGUUGCUGGGUGCGACGCCUGCGACAGGGACACGCACUGCUACGCGCCCGGGACUGCGUCGGCGAGCAUGAAGAACGGUGUGUGCGUGUGCGCGUGCGGCAGCGGCGGGUACGGCGAGACGUGCGUGCCUGUGGGAGCUCCUGCUCUGCCGCCCGCUGUGGGCACUGCGUCGAGUGUGUUUGUCCGCGAGAGCGUGACGGUGCGGUCUGUGUUCGUUGUGCCUGCCGGUGCGAGCGAGGUGACGCUGCGCCACGUUGUGCUGGACGGCGUGAGUCCGGUGCUCUACGUGCCGUGGAUGGCGCGGGACGGCGUGCGGAUCAUUGUGCAGAACGUGUCGCUGCUGAACGGUGCCGUGCUGUACGUGAUGGGCGGUGGAGCGUUGCGCGGUGCGGGUGCGGCGGGGAGCGACGAGAGCGGGCCGGUGGAGCUGUCCGUGUGCGAUGUGGAGGCGCUGAACGGUGCGCUUGUGCUGACCGGCACGUUUCCCGCGGGGUCUGUGCUGACGGUGACCGACUCCCUGCUGGUUGCCGCGAGGCCGACGCCGCUUGUGUAUCUUCCCGGCUCGCAGUCCUCGCCGUACGCACCGGUGCUGGUGCUGUCUGACCUGCGGCUCGUGCGGUCAGUGCUGGUUGUGUUCGGCGUGGCCCUUGUGACCGUGAUGACUGGUGGGCGGACGGUGGUGGUGGACGGCGCUGUGCUGCGCGUGUCGGGGAGCCAGGUGUACGCCGCGCAUGGGUUGGUGUUCGACAGCGGUGUUGAGGCCAACGCGUCCGCCGUCGUAGUGAACGACAACGCCGGUGCGCUGACCGAUGGCGCGCUGCUGGUGCUGCGGGGGUCGGCGUCGUUUGCGUCCGGGUCGUGGAUGUCGGUGCGCGGCAACAGCAUCAGCGGCAGGCUUCUGUCGGUGCCGUCGUACCCGCGCCGUGCGGAACUCGUGCAGAGCACGCUGACGCUCCACGGGAACGCUGGCAGUGGGCCCGUCGUGAUGGACGGCACCGUUGCGCUCGGGGGCGCCGGCCGAAAGUUCGUCGUGGGGUGCCUGACGCUCAACGGGCAGGCGCUGCAGCCGAUGCACUACAGGUCCGCCGGCAUCAUCGGGGAAUUCCGCCCCGUGGCGUGUGGCGUGUGCGACGCCGACGUGAGCUGCUUUGCUGCUGCGACGAGGGCGAUGUCGGGGUCGUGCCGCUGCCGCUGUGCUGAGGGCGGGUACGGGCGCGACUGCCUGCCGGUGUACCUGCCGCACGUGGACGGGUGCAACCGCACGCCAGCCAUGCCGCUGCUGAGCCACACGGCGACGCUGACGGAGACGCGCAGCCUGACGGCGAUGUGGACGCCGAGCCUGAACGCGACGCACUACAGUCCGCCGCACUACAGUCCGACGGAGACGUUGCAGGUGACGGAGACGGUGGCGCUGCCGCCCACGCGGACCCCGACGGCGUCGGUGAGCAGCACGCUGUGGUGGAGCGACGUGACGUGCCCGACGCUCGCCGUGACGACAACGGCGGCUGGUGGGAGCCUGACGCAGAGCGACAUUCGCGGCGGUGGGAGCGCCGCCCCGACACUGCUGAUGGUGGCGCUGCCGCCACCGUUUCGAUGGGCAAGCGACCCGCAGCUCGGCACGCACCUGAGCUUCGUGCCGGUGUCGACGGCGCAGCCGAGCGGCUUCGGUGGUCCGUGGGGAGCGAUGCUGAGCAACGCGACGUGGGUGCGCAACGCGACGAAUCCGUCCACCGUCCUGGAGCUCGCUGUGCCCGUGCACCGCGGUUACUUCACUGCUGCCGACGAGACGAUAGUCAUUCGCUGCGACGCUGUGGCGGUGUUCGGCGGCUGCAAGGGAGUGCUGCUUGGGUCCUUCACGAUCAGGUCCGACAUGCUGCCCGCCGCUGCCAGCGCCCUCUCGGCGAUCACCGGCGUUGUUGCGGGUGCGGUGGCUGUUGCCGUGGUGGUGACUGGCGGGCUGGGCUCCAUCCUGGAGAUGCAGGCACUCGGCGUGUUUGCGAGGAUGUCAUGCGCCUCGGCACAGGAGCGUGCGAGCACCGUUGCGCUGCCGUACUUCCUGUCGGUGUUCGCUUCCCUCGAUCCGCUAUGGAUGGUGGUGGGCAACGCGCUGCUCGCCGCUUUGUUUGGGUGCGUGCACUGCGGUGUGACGGCCGCCUUCCAGCGGUUGCGCGGCGUGGACGCGGCGAGUGCGUGGGCUGCGAUGCGCUUCCCGAGCCUGACGUACGUCGUGGCGCACGCGAUGCACCUCGGCAUUUUCUUUGGCUCCGUGUUUGCACUGGCGAUGCCCAGUGCCCGCGUGCAGCACCGCGUGAUUGGCGUUGUUGGUGUGCUGUACGGUGUGGCGUUCCCUGCUGGUGUGUGCUACGUGAUUGCUUGCCACACGGGCGCGAGCUUCACGAAGUACUGGCAGUUUUCGAGGAAGCCGCUGCACGAGCGCCUGCUGUACCCCGUCGGGUAUUGGCACCCCGCGGCGCAGCAGCGGAUGUACGGCGGCAUGCUGACGAACAUGAGGGGCAGCCACGUGUACUGGUGCGUGUUCCAGCUGUCGGUGCUGUGUGUGGUGUGCCUGAUUGCGGCUGUGCACCCGCCCGUGGGAGGCUGCCACGUUCAGUACUUCUGCAUGGCGGCUGUGCUGCUUGCGGGUGCGGGCGUGGUUGCCUUCACGAACAUGAUGCGCUCGUCCUUCCUGACGGUGAUGCACACUGCGAGCUUUGUGAUCCUUGCGGCGCUGUGUUUGGUCAGCGCGGCCAACCACCUUGCGCCGAGCGACGGCGGUGCGAGGGCGUACGCGACUAUCGUGCUGCUGCUGACCGCUGUGCUGCUUGCGAUCACCGUGUACAGCGUCGUUGUGUGGUACGCGGAGGACCGCCACUGGCAGGAGCUGCGCGAGCCGCGGCGUGGUGGACUGGAGGCACUGCUGCGCGAUGACGAGGAGAGCGACGAAGAGACGCAGAAGCCCCACGAAAGGACGUCAUCGUCGUACGCCUCGGGCACCACCGUUGCGUCGUUGUACCGACCACCCGCACCGCCGUUGCAGCCCAUGGCUGGUGACACCCGCUCAGACGCACAGAGCCUGCUCGAGUGUGCAUCGAGUGCGAGAGGCAAAAUUGAUCACGCCCUCCUGUGA